AUGAAGCUUGCGAUACUUGCCAUAGUCGCGCUGUCACUCGUUGCGACAGUGGUAUCAAGACCCGCACAAUGGUUCGCUGAACUGGCUGAUGAUAUUGGCUCACUGAGUCUGGCACAGCAUCUGUGCAGCCGCAAGCAUUGUCUGUUCGGCGACGCAACCUUCGAUGGCUACUCCCUUUCCUGCCAAUGUCCUGAUAUGCCAAUCAACCUAUUUGCGGAUCCUUGCGAAGGUCUAGAAUGCCCAAGCGGUACCGAACCCUUCUACUCAGUGUUAGACCAAGACUGUUACUGCGGCACGAUGGAGGCAUGGUUUGCCAAAGAAGAAAGCAUAUUGCAGCAACUUGAGAGUGAAGGCCGUCUGGUUACGCAGAAGGACAUUUUCAAGAGCCCAAAUCAUGAGGAAGCCAUACGUUAUGACCUCCGUCGCCGUCAAGAGCCAUCAAGUGCGCCUACGCCAACCUACACUGCGCUUCCAACCUUCGUCCCUCCCCCUACGCAAGAUAUCACGCCCGAACUUCUCAAUCAGUCACUUAGCGUUCAGCCCCAGAAUACUGCCACCAUUUCCUCGAUAAUUCCCUUCUUUAUGGACAAUGUGUUAUGCGUUUACAUACAAUUGAACGGAACAGUUGCAGACACUCUGAUUGUGAACGCAAGUGCUUCACUGCCUUGUGGCGAUAUCGGUGUUGACCCUGAACCAAACAUGGCUCUCGUCCCAAAAGUUGUUCAGCAAGGAGAUGGCCAGCCGCAAGUUCAAGUUGCAGAUUGUCAAUGCAUCGCUGUCAACAUGUACGAUCCCAACGUCAUCACCUAUUGGAUACAGAAAGUCUCGGAUGGGAGCAUUUAUUCCCUGACUGGAAGCAACAAGGUGGUUGACAUUGAUAAAAUGAACACAACUCAGACCACAGCCUUGGAUCUUGUCACACUAUCUGCCGCAAACUCAAAGCGCAAUGCUGCAAACAUCGAAUAUCUCCGACCAGUGCGACGCCAAAUAUUUGGUAUUGAGUGUGGCCAGCCAUGCCCUUUUUAUCACAUGUAUGUCAUCAAAACGACCGAUGGCUACUGCGGUUGCAUAUUCCACGGCGCAGAUGAAAAGGUGGGCAUUUCUCCACGAGCAUUAGUGGUGCCUGACAUCAACACUGCCACCAUGACCGAAGCUGCUUGCAGGGCAAUGAUCUGUUACAACAAUGGCAAUCAGCCAGCCGUCUUCAAUCCGUUUAGCAUGACUUGCUGGUGCAACACUCCUCCAGCCAUCGAAUACAAUGCCGACGCGUGGAAACCCGACCCCUAA